GCCUCUGAUUUUCAACAUAGUAAUUUUUGGCGGCUUUCUUGGCGUCUUUCAUAUCAUCUGCAAGCUUUAAGGAAUCUCUACCAGAAUGACUUACCCUGUAACUUUCAAAGCAUUUAAGAAGCUAAUAGUCAACCUGCAGGAUAUUGCACGCGAAUUGCAAGCCCAGGAUGAAAGCAAUAAAACAGAGGAGGAGUGGACCUACUGGUAUUACCAAGCCUUCUUUAGGGAUCCCAGCGUCCGAAAGAGAUAUGCUUUUAAGGUGGCGCCCUGCCCACGACACGUUCUUCAUAAAUUGCUCAAAGAUCCAGACACUGAGACUGAAGAUAUGGCUGUAGAUGACGAAGCGGAAGCCGCAACACAUACCCUGCCUGAAGAAUCCCAUGGUGUGAUAGUUGAAGUGGAAAGAAAAGGGAAAUUCGUCUUCCCAGUAUCUUUUAAAACUUUUCUUAACAGCCUAAACCAAAAGAAGGUGUUUUUCAAGAUAACCAAGACCAAAGAAGACUUUGAAAAACUUUUGGUCGAUGAGGCGUUGGCCCACCUUACCCUUAAAAAGUUAUACAACCGGUUUUAUAUGUUCCCAGAAAAGCGAUGCCAAAUCAACUUUUUUAAUGAUAAGCCUGCAACUUCAUUGGCGAAGCUCCUUCAGUUUGGCAGGCCGCAUAAUGAAACGGCAGCCAAGACUUUAGAGAAGCAUGCUGCAAAAGUUGCCAAUGACAAGAAUUACACUGACAACACCAAGGAUCUUCAUAAAAGGAUAGACAACGAUGCCAUUUCCGAGGAACAGAGUCUAAGCCAACCCGGGCCAACUACGUCUUCGCAGGUACGUGAACUGCCCAGAGCUGAGACUCCCGAGUGCGAUUCUAAAGAAUCUGAAGGUCAGAAAUCAGGUUUCAAAUAUCCAGUUUCUUUUAAACUCUUUAAAAGUCAUGUGUGCAAUCUCACGGAAAUCGUUAAAAAAAUGAAGCUUUGCGAUGAACAUGAAAUGAAAACCGAGGAGAUGUGUCUAAGGGACUAUUACAAAGGUUUUUACUCUGCGCCAGAGAUGCGAGAAAAGUUCAUUUGUCGCUUUAAGCCAUGUCCCGCCAAGAUGCAUAUAAAGUUGCUAAGUUUUCCACAGAAACACAACGAAAAAAAUCCAAAGGACUUAGAUUUUCCGAUUUUGAAGGGUACCACUGAGAAACCACCACAUUCCUGCAAGGAGGCUGUCGACGAACAGAGCCAAAGCCUGUCCCAGUCAACUAUGUCUUCGUCAGGACGGGUGCUGCCCAAGGCCAAGACUUCCGAGUGCGCCACUGAAGGUAUAAAAGAGACUGUACCGGGAACUGAACCCGACUGCCACGGGGAUUACAUACCCGAAAAAUUAGGUGUGAAAUAUCCAGUUUCUUUUAAACUCUUUAAAAGUCAUGUGUGCAAUAUCACGGAAAUCGUUAAACAAAUGAAGCUAUGCGAUGAACAUAAAAUGAAAACCGAGGAGAUGUGUCUAAGGGACUAUUACAAAGGUUUUUACUCUGUGCCAGAGAUGCGGAAGAAGUUCGUUUGUCGCUUUAAGCCAUGUCCCGCCAAGAUGCAUAUGAAGUUGCUAAGUUUUCCACAGAAACACAAAGAAAAAAAAUCAUCAGACAUAGAUUUUACGAUUGUGAAUGGUACCAAUGAGAAACCACCACAUUCCUGCAAGGAGGCUGUCGACGAACAGAGCCAAAGCCUGCCCCAGUCAACUAUGUCUUCGUCAGGACGGGUGCUGCCCAAGGCCAAGACUUCCGAGUCCGCCACUAAAAGUAUAAAAGAGACCGUACCAAGAACGAAACCCGAUUGCCAGGGGAAUUGCAUUCGCGAGAAAUUAGGUGUACAAUAUCCUGUUUCUUUUAAACUCUUUAAAAGUCAUGUGUGCAAUAUCACGGAAAUCGUUAAAAAAAUGAAGCUUUGCGAUGAACAUAAAAUGAAAACCGAGGAGAUGUGUCUAAGGGACUAUUACAAAGGUUUUUACUCUGUGCCAGAGAUGCGGAAGAAGUUCGUUUGUCGCUUUAAGCCAUGUCCCGCCAAGAUGCAACAGAAGUUGCUAAGUUUUCCACCGAAACACAAAGAAAAAAAUUCAAAGGACUUAGAUUUUCCGAUUGUGAAGGGUACCACUGAGAAACCACCACACUCCUGCAAGGAGGCUGUCGACGAACAGAGCCAAAGCCUGCCCCAGUCAACUAUGUAUUCGUCAGGACGGGUGCUGCCCAAGGCCAAGACUUCCGAGUGCGCCACUAAAAGUAUAAAAGAGACCGUACCAAGAACGGAACCCGAUUGCCAGGGGAAUUACAUUCGCAAGAAAUUAGUUGUACAAUACCCUGUUUCUUUCAAACUCUUUAAAAGUCAGGUGUGCAAUCUCACGGAAAUCGUUAAACAAAUGAAGCUAUGCGAUGAACAUAAAAUGAAAUCCGAGGAGAUGUGUCUAAGGGACUAUUACAAAGGUUUUUACUCUGUGCCAGAGAUGCGGAAGAAGUUCGUUUGUCGCUUUAAGCCAUGUCCCGCCAAGAUGCAUAUAAAGUUGCUAAGUUUUCCACAGAAACACAACGAAAAAAAUCCAAAGGACUUAGAUUUUCCGAUUUUGAAGGGUACCACUGAGAAACCACCACAUUCCUGCAAGGAGGCUGUCGACGAACAGAGCCAAAGCCUGCCCCAGUCAACUAUUUAUUCGUCAGGACGGGUGCUGCCCAAGGCCAAGACUUCCGAGUGCGCCACUGAAGGUAUAAAAGAGACUGUACCGGGAACUGAACCCGACUGCCACGGGGAUUGCAUACCCGAAAAAUUAGGAGUGAAAUAUCCAGUUUCUUUUAAACUCUUUAAAAGUCGUGUGUGCAAUCUCAUGGAAAUCGUUAAACAAAUGAAGCUAUGCGAUGAACAUAAAAUGAAAACCGAGGAGAUGUGUCUAAGGGACUAUUACAAAGGUUUUUACUCUGCGCCAGAGAUGCGAGAAAAGUUCAUUUGUCACUUUAAGCCAUGUCCCGCCAAGAUGCAACAGAAGUUGCUAAGUUUUCCACCGAAACACAAAGAAAAAAAUUCAAAGGACUUAGAUUUUCCGAUUGUGAAUGGUACCACUGAGAAACCACCACAUUCCUGCAAGGAGGCUGUCGACGAACAAAGCCAAAGCCUGCCCCAGUCAACUAUGUCUUCGUCAGGACGGGUGCUGCCCAAGGCCAAGACUUCCGAGUGCGCCACCGAAGGUAUAGAGGAGACUGUACCAGGAACUGAACCCGACAGCCACAGGGAUUGCAUACCCGAAAAAUUAGGUGUGAAAUAUCCAGUUUCUUUUGAACUUUUUAAACGUCAUGUGAGCAAUCUCAAAGAAAUUGUUCACAAUAUGAAAUUAUGUGAUGAGUAUAAAGGAGAAACGGAAGAGAUGUGUAUAAAGAAUUAUUACAAAGGCUUUUACGCUACACCAGAGAUGCGUGAAAAGUUCGUUUGUCGAUUCAAGCCAUGCCCAGCUAGAAUGCAAAAAAAAUUGGUUAGUUUUCCACCAAAACCAACAGAUUGUCCAAAUGAGAAUGCUUCUACCGAGAAACCUGUGGAUGAAAGUCGGCAGGUCCCGUUUUCCAUUCCUAGGGGUAAUACAAAUACAACUACAGAAAGCAGCCAAGUAACUCAUCCCAAUGAGGAAGUGGCCGCGAUAGCCAAGCUAACAAAUAAAGAUUACGAAUUAACGGAACACACCAUUUUUAAUGUGCUUUACCGGUUUCCUGUUUCAUUCCUAUCAUUUUUGCAUGCUAUAAAUUAUGACGUAAUUAUCGAAAAGUUGGUAAGCCAUACUUACCGGAAAAAGGGCCUUCAGAAGCAAAAGGAUAUUCUCGGAAAUAAAACCACUUGUGUAAAGAUACUAUAUCGAUAUUACCGCUCCUUUUACUAUGAUAAUAAGAUUCGCAAGCGAUUUAAAUAUAAUUUUAAUGCUGCUCCUAUAGAGCUGCGAAGUCAGUUCCUAGAAUUGGCUGAGCCCAUUUCCCAACCCCAAAAUCAGUCAGAAGCUGAGCCACAAUUAAACAUCCAGCAUCCGUCUCUAUCGAACAAUUCAACACAAUCUAUGGGCGAUUUGUUUGCAGCUAGGUUGUUGGAAUUAAAUGGCAAACAAAUUAUCGACGUGGUUGAUUACACUUGGGCUGAGUCCCUGUUACCUGAAGAAAAUGCAUGUUCAGUGGCAACUAGCAGAGUUGUUAAUUCUGAAUCACCGGCCGCAACCCCGGUAAAAGAAAUUGAGUCAAACUCAUCUACGGUUACAGAAGGCAGCAGGGAGAACCGUGUAACAUCGUUAUUAAAUACGUCGUCAGCACAAAAAAGCGAAAAACAAAUCCUUCUCGAGCAAGCUAAGGAAAUAUUUUUCGCCGAAAACACUCCGGAUCACAAACUGAAGUACUUGAUUUGCACAAGCAAUGGUCACAUGAGAUCCCUUUGGCGUAUACUCUACCAACUAACUCUUCAGGAAUUCUCUGACUACACGAGUAUCCACAAUGGGGAGGGCUUGUAUGAAAGCAGUGAAGACUUGCAACUUUGCUACGAACACGUCGUGAAUUUAGGCAACUGGCCAAUAAAUCUAGGUGUCAAAUUGCCCUUUUUGAAGCAGCUGCACCACAUUAAAGGAGUACAGCUAGAUAAGCUGGACCUGGGUCGUUUAUCGCCGAAGAUAGUAAACUCUUGGGAAUUGGGAAUUUACUCAAAUUUCGACAUAAUCGUUGAACAGAUGUACACCCAACAUAGCCGAAAGAUUAUUGAUGAUGUUGUGCAGUUGUUCCAGCAAAGGGAUCAAUUAUAUGCAGCCUGUUGGACACAUAAUGAGUGGAUCCCUCAAGUACCUGAGAUCACGGAUGAGUCACUAAACGCCGCGAUUGAAGUAGAGGAGCGUGUUCUUGAUGAAAUUUCAUUAAGGUCACUUUGUGGUGUAGAAAGUCGGGAUGGGGGUAGCCCAGCAGAGAUAGUCUCCAUCGCAUCUACUAUAGACAUUGUUCAAGAAGAACCAAGUUGUCCACCCACUCAGUUUAACAUAACGAAUUUUGUGGACAUGGAAAACCUAAGUCUAUUUUCCCAAGCGACACAAAUAGCAGCCGAUCCACUUAUGUCCCAGGAAAUUACGGAUGUCGUCGAAGCAUCACAAGUGCCAGAAACUCCAACUGAUUCAACGUCAACACCGAUGGAAAUAGUGUCGGUUAAAAAUGAACCAACGUUUUUAAACAAGCAACGCGGAACCAUUAACAGUAAUGGUUGCGAUUGGGAGACAAUUGCGUCCGAAGAGCAAAUAAUUGACUUGGAUGAAACACAAAAUGAGGGAUCGAGUUUUUCCUGUUUUGCGAUCUCAAAACCUGCAGAUGAGAAAGAGGAAGAGUUGAAAGCACCCGCCCCUCUAGAACUGCCAAGCGGGCCAUCCACGUCGGCGCAUCAGGGGACUGUGAAUCUUGGAAAGCGAUUGGCAGCCAACAAUGGAGUGCCCAGCAAGCGAAUAAAACUGAUAAACGAUAAUGUUCCGCAGCUAAGGCACCAGUUCCCAGCGUUGCCGAUGGCUGUAAUGGUGCGAAUUGAAUCUGGAGCGAACCAACCUCCCGACCCUGUGGAUAAAACAACGCCUCAGCCAGAAGAGUCAGACAUCACGCCCUCGCAGGACUUCGCCGCUGGCAAUACACUCCUGGAAUCCAGUAAUCUAAACGCACUGCUAGACGCCACGAAUGUCAACACCCGAAAGAGAGUGCCAUGAGACCACAUUUGUAUUAUUAAGUAAGUUUAAAAAGAAGUAAUGUUGACGUGCAUGGAUACAAUGAAAAUCGGCACAGUAACUGUAAUGCCUCUAGAAUUAAAUUUAAAAGAAAGGAUACAACAAGUUUGGAAAGUCUACAUUUGUAUUUAUAUGUUUUUUCUUGGGGACCCUAAUUUCUGGCUACAUGUUUUCAACACGGAGAAGUAAUUGUCCCCAUUAAAAUUUCCACUGUAAAUACUUUUUUUUAGGAAGAUUUAAAUAAAAAGCUGGGGACUUAACAUUCGCAGUUAUCACAAUUCUAUGGCCUGCAUUGGCACGAUCGGUUACAUUUAUUUUAAAAUUUGUUAUCUCGAGUUUGAGACAACUAUAUCCUAUGCAUGCCAUACAAAACAACUGACAGGAAACAGUUACAAAUUAAUUUUUUUUUGUCGAAAAAAAUAAAAUUUGAGAAAUAUACUAAUUAAAGAGAACUUUAAUGUCGUUUCAUAGCCGCAUAGUAAGACCGUAUUAGGAGAACAUUUAGUCAGUAUAUUUGUUCAGUUUACAAUAAAAAUAAAUUUCAAUCCGUUUUCAAAUCAUUUAUUCGCCGAUUUCACGUUAAACCCAACACAAACAGCUCUGAAAUGUUGAUGCAACAGUUAAGACUAAUUUACUGGACAUCUAGUGGUGUUCGGCAU